UGUCCCCAUUACAGGCGCCAUCUUGUUAGAGGCGAGGCGCCGAUUCACAUUGAUUUUGGUCUGUUAGAAAAUGGCGAACGUCAUUCGUUGCGCGGAGGACAAUUUUUUAGUCAAAUGUUUCUGUUCUGUCUUGUAAUGAGAGGUUGUAGUGGUUUGUGAGGGAGAGGAUGGCGGAGGAGUGACGAACCGUGCUACAGCCUGUGUAUAUCGACGGUGACAGCAUUCCCCAGCCACUCAGUGAAUAUCGGCGUGUGACCUGCCUUUUACCAGCAAUCAUGAGUGACUUCUGGUUAAUUUCUGCUCCUGGGGAGAAAACCUGCCAACAGACAUGGGAGAAACUGAUGGCGGCCACCACCAAGCACAACAAUCUGUCAGUCAACUCCAAGUUCAACAUACCUGACCUAAAGGUCGGCACCCUCGAUGUGCUGGUCGGCUUGUCUGAUGAACUGGCCAAACUGGAUACGUUUGUUGAAGGAGCGGUGAAGAAGGUGGCGCAGUAUAUGGCUGACGUGCUGGAGGACAGCAGGGAUAAGGUGCAGGAAAACCUUCUGGCCAGUGGAGUGGACUUGGUCACGUACAUCACAAGGUUCCAGUGGGACAUGGCGAAGUACCCAAUUAAGCAGUCCUUGAAGAACAUUUCUGAAAUAAUUGCUAAAGGCGUUACACAGAUUGACAAUGAUCUGAAAGCAAGAGCAUCUGCCUACAACAAUUUGAAAGGAAAUCUUCAAAAUCUCGAAAGAAAAAAUGCAGGGAGUUUAAUAACUAGGAGCUUAGCAGAAAUUGUGAAGAAAGAUGACUUUGUGUUGGAUUCCGAAUACCUGAUCACUCUAUUGGUCGUCGUACCAAAACUUAAUUAUAGUGACUGGGUUAAGCAAUAUGAAACUCUGGCCGAGAUGGUGGUCCCACGUUCCAGCAUCGUCAUAUCAGAAGACCAAGACAGUUACCUGUGUAAUGUAACUCUGUUCCGAAAAGCAGUGGAUGACUUCCGUCACAAAGCCAGGGAGAAUAAGUUUGUUGUCCGCGAUUUCCAGUACAAUGAAGAGGAGAUGAAAGCCGAUAAAGAAGAAAUGAACAGACUAUCCACUGAUAAGAAAAAACAGUUUGGUCCUCUCGUACGAUGGCUGAAAGUCAAUUUCAGCGAAGCUUUUAUUGCGUGGAUCCAUGUGAAAGCGCUGCGGGUGUUUGUGGAGUCGGUGCUAAGGUAUGGAUUACCAGUGAAUUUCCAAGCCAUGCUGCUUCAGCCCAACAAGAAGACCAUGAAGAAACUAAGGGAAGUCCUGUAUGAUUUGUACAAGCACCUGGACAGCAGCGCAGCGUCCAUUAUCGAUGCUCCCAUGGAUAUACCUGGAUUAAACCUCAGCCAGCAAGAAUACUAUCCCUAUGUGUACUACAAGAUUGACUGUAGUUUGCUGGAGUUUAAGUAAAAUGAAACAUAUUUGUGCUAUUGGAGCAGCAAUGAGUUUGAAGUACAGUGAUAACCCUAACUACUUACAAUGUGCUUGCUUCUCAUAACCCAGGGUUCCAUCUAUCCAAAAGGUGGACCUCUCCCCUCUUCCUUGGUUGCCCCUUUGAAACUGUUUUCUUUUAAAGAAAGUUCAAUAGAUAUUGUCGCUUUUAAUCAAUGAGGUAUUUAAAUGUCCAGAGCAAAUAAGUCUAUUUAUAAAGAGAUGUAUUUAUGCCUGAGAGGCCACUUAGUGUCCUAGAAGAUUUAAUUUCUCAUUUGUAUGGUGAUCAACAUUUGUUCUUCUUGUUACCACUGCUCAUACGUAGAUCUUGUUUACAAGAGGCCAUGGUGUAAUUGUUUUAUACCAUUCCAUUCACUGUAUUUCGUUCAUAAAUGUGUUAUAUGUGGAGUUGUGAUGUAAAGUGUAUGUAAUAUUUAACGUAUGUGCUUUCUGUAUAUUUGAUAAGGAUCUUUAGAGCACUGUCAGCACACACAGGAAUAAUUAAACAUACCUGUUCAAGUGG